CCGGGACUUUGACAGAUUACGUUUUUGUAAUUUUAAUCUCUAUUUCAUCUGGAUCGCAGAUAGUUUUACUACAGUGUAUCACAGACACCAAUUUAUAUAAAAUUUGAAUAAUAAACAUACCUAAUUUUGAUUGUAAGAGCUUAUAAGAAAAAUCAACAAUAUGUAGAACUACAUGUAACUAAAUGUAUAUUACGGUAACUGAAAUGGUGAAUUAUGUUUAGUAACUGUCCCUUUUAGUGGGUUACAUGUAUCUUCAAUUGGUAAAAUGACCAAGACCCAUUGAGAAAUUCAAAACCUAUUCAUCAAGAUGUUGGGAACAACUAGACUAACCAAAGUCCAGAGAUUGGUUCUUGGUAUAAUAGUUCUAUUGGUUGUAGAUUUAAUCUGGGUUGGAUCAUCAGAGUUAACAGAGUACUUGUUUAAAGAAGAAGAUUUUAAUAAACCUUUUUUUACAACUUAUGCCAAGACUAGCAUGUUUAUGAUAUAUUUGUUUGGCUUCCUGUUUUGGGAACCAUGGAGAAGACAGUGUAGAAAUGGCGGUAAUUUACCUAAUUUAAUUUCUCAAUUGCAAGAUGACAACAUUGAAGAAGAAAGACCUAGUAGUCCAGACACUAACCAUACUCUGAGUGAUCCAGUUUAUGUACCAGUACGGAGGGGUGAGGAUAAAACCAGUGGCACAGAAUCUGAUGAUUGUAGCUUAUCAUCGGGGAAGUCAGUUAGGUUCAAUAAAGUUUCAGAAGUGAGACAUCUUUCAGAGACCUAUGCAGAGGAUGCUAAUCUUGCUAGAUUGUCCUACUCUGCCUCAUUGCUGGCAGAGGAAGCUAGAUUGAGAUCUAUGAGCAAAUUAUCUGUCAAACAAGUCAUGAAGUUAGCUUUAUUUUUCUGUAUAUUGUGGUUUUUUGCUAAUUUUUCCUACCAGCAAGCUUUGUUGGAUACUCAAGCUGGAGUAGUGAACGUCCUAUCGUCUACGUCAGGGUUGUUUACUUUAAUAUGUGCAGCUAUAUUUCCUAGCUCAGGAGCAGACAGAUUUUCAUUAUCAAAACUAGUAACAGUUUUAGUCAGUAUUGGUGGCAUUGUGAUGGUGAGCCUAGCUGAUAUGAAUAUGGAGAAAGGGAUACCAGCAGGAGCUCUAUGGGCUGUCCUGGGUUCAAUGCUCUAUGCUUUUUAUCUAGUUUCUCUUCGAAGAAAUGUUGACCAUGAAGAUAAACUAGAUAUUCCUAUGUUUUUUGGUUUUGUAGGUUUUUUCUGUGUGAUAUUUAUAUGGCCAGGCUUUUUCAUAACUCACUAUAGUAAAGAAGAGACAUUCCAGUGGCCAAAUGGGAAGCAAUGGCUGUUUAUAUGUAUAAACGGUUUAAUAGGAACUGUUGUGUCAGAAUUUUUAUGGCUGUGGGGAUGUUUUCUGACAUCAUCACUCAUUGCUACACUAUCACUGAGUCUUACUAUACCGCUUACUAUGUUAGCAGAUGUUAUUUUUAAAGGAAUUCCAUACACUUGGUUAUUUUAUGUUGGUACUUUACCAGUUUUUAUUGCAUUCUUUGCUGUGAGUUUACUAACCCAUUACGAGAACUGGGAUCCAGUCUUGAUUGGAUGUAAAAAAAUUCUACAUUGUAUAUGUAGGAAAAGAAUUUUGCCAAGAUACAGAGAAGUGGACAGAGAACAAACAGAAAGUCUGAUAAAUGAUAAUAGUGUCCAGUAACAGAACUGACCACAGUGACCAAUGAUAUUAUUUAUGGACAACAAACAAUUUGUGUUUUUAAUUAUCUCACAAUUCAUAUUUUCAGUGAUAACUUUCAAAGUUGUUAAGCAUACUAGUCAUAUUUUUUAAAGGUCACACAUAUUAUGCAAACAUAUACUGAAAAUUUAAUGUGUUAUACUGUGGAUUCAUUUAUUUACGUGGGAACAUAUUUUCGUGGAUAGAGGAAAACUUGCAUAUUCAUGGUUAUCUAAAUUUGUGGUUUUGACAAAGUUGAUAUGCAUUCCUUUAAAAAAAA